CUUACAGUCUUGGCAUCAUCACGACUUGGAUCCUCCAUGAAGAUGGACGGCCGAGUCUUUCGACUCAUUUUGAUAUUCUGCCUUUUUAUUGUACAGGCGAAAGCACACGAAGAUGAGAAAAUUGAACGGAAUCAAGACCCUCUUAAGAACUGCACGUGCAUGAGAUCGGAUAGUGAGUGCAAACUGAUCAAGAACAAGUGUGAAGAUGAGGUUUGUUCAGUAAGGGAUGCUUUUGAAUGUACGAGCUGUGGGGGCGGCGACUGUGACUGUGUUUACAGCGUAUUGGAAGAUAGAGUUGCUGAAAUCUGUGUCACAGAAGGAGAGGGAGCAGAAAAGAAACGAAGUCUAAGGAAAUUCAUUAAAAAAAUUAAGAAAAAGAUAAAGAAAACUUUCAAGAAGUUGAAACGCUUUUUCCGAAAAAGAAAAAAUAGAAGACAACGGAAAAGAAAAAACAACAAAGGAGGAAGAAAACCGAAAGCCCGGAGAGGCAAACUGAGGAAAAGACAGAGAAAACCGAGGCAGAGAAAGUCAUGGCUGAGAAAGAAGAUUUAAUCUGAAUUUGGCAAAUUUAGAAAUAUCGUAAUUUUAUGGUUGAAAGAAAGGAAAAUUGUAAUUUUCAACGAAUAUUAUUUAAUUUUCUAAAAAAAAAAAUGUUUACCAUAAUCCUUACGAAAGAAGAGUACACAAAUAAUGAUAUGCUAUAACAUAAUCAUUUAUUAACUUACCAAACGUGUGGGCCCAACGGAAAAUUCAUUCUACCGAGGGUUGUUUGAGGACAUGCUGAGUAUCCAGGGUAACCACUUAAGGACCUGAGAUCAGUCCUUACUACAUAAAGAUUAUAGUUUCCAGUCGC